GAACGGACGGCGCGUCAGGCGCGCCGAGAAGCACCGGGGUCGACAGGAGUGCUUUAUUUUUCUUUCUAAAUGGUACAGACAUUGAUGAUGAUGAAGAUGAUGACGGUGAGGAUGAUCCUGCUUCCGUAAGCGUCUUUAAAAAUCAUGGUCUCGGCUGUCAUAAGUGGGAAGAGGAAGAGGAGGUGUUGAUGAUGAUAUGCGUUUUAUGCCGUUUUUUCCCAUUCGUCGUAACGAUGGUGGAUGCAUGGACUAUCCCCCUGCGCCUAUAAGGCUCCGGCUGACCGCAACCUUCCUUCCGAAACACCCCCGUCAAUUAUCACCUCCUUUUCGUGCCGUGCCGUGACCUUGGAUGUACAAAAGGGGGUGUUUUGUUUACCGUGUGUCCGUGGACAAGGCUGCUUUGCCGCUUGCAAACACCGCUGCAAUGUUCCCCUUGGUUCGGCGUUAAUGGAUGUGCUCUUGCGCCACAGUUUGCCCGCCUGCGCGCUGACAGUCUCACGGCUAUAGCACUAUGGAAACGGGAGAACGAGAGCGAGUGCGCGUACACAGUGACAGAGGGGGAUACCCGGUGCUCCAACAUGGCCCCAGAGAUGUUAAUGACCUGAUCAGUGGCGGCUCCAUCGUGAGCGCGGAGGCAGUAUGGGACCACGUGACCAUGGCCGACCGGGAGCUGGCCUUCAAGGCAGGCGACGUCAUCAAGGUGCUGGACGCGUCCAACAAGGACUGGUGGUGGGGUCAGAUCGAGCAGGACGAGGGCUGGUUCCCCGCCAGCUUUGUCAGGGUGGACACCCAUUCUCCUCAAUCCCAAACCAAACAGCUUUUUUAUAUCAACCCGAUCGCAGCGCCACGCCUCUCAAACACAUCUCCUAAGCUGUGGGUGAACCAGGACGAGAGCGGGGCGGUGGAGGCGGUGGAGGGCCCCAGUGAGGUCCACAACGGGCACGUGGAGGCCAGCCCCAACCCCACCAGCGACUGCCUGUGCCUGGGCCAGCCCGUCCAGAACCGCGACCAGAUGCGGGCCAAUGUCAUCAACGAGAUCAUGAGCACAGAGCGGCACUACAUCAAGCACCUCAAGGACAUCUGUGACGGUUACCUGAGGCACUGUAAGAAGCGGAGGGAUAUGUUCAACGAGGACCAGCUCAAAGUGAUCUUCGGGAACGUGGAGGACAUCUACAGGUUCCAGCUGGGCUUCGUCAGGGACCUGGAGAAGCAGUUUAACACAGACGAGCCUCAUCUCAGUGAAAUCGGCCCAUGCUUCCUUGAACACCAAGAUGGCUUCUGGAUCUACUCGGAGUACUGUAACAACCAUGUGGACGCGUGCAUGGAGCUGGCGCGGCUGAUGCGGGACGCCCGGUUCCUGCAGUUCUUCGAGGCCUGCCGCAUGGAGCAACAGAUGAUGGACAUCGCCAUCGACGGCUUCCUGCUCACGCCCGUCCAGAAGAUCUGCAAAUACCCCCUGCAGCUAGCAGAGCUGCUCAAAUACACCGUACAGGACCACAGUGAUUACCGGUACGUAGCCGCAGCCCUGGCAGUGAUGAGGAACGUCACUCAACAGAUCAACGAACGGAAGCGUCGCCUGGAGAACAUCGACAAAAUCGCCCAAUGGCAGGCUUCGAUAAUAGACUUUGAGGGGGAGGAUAUUUUGGACCGCAGCUCGGAGCUGGUCUACACGGGGGAGUUGUCCUGGAUCUACGCGCCGUACGGGCGGAGCCAGAGCCGCGUAUUCUUCCUGUUUGACCAUCAGUUGGUGCUCUGCAAAAAGGACCUGAUCCGCAGGGACAGCCUGUACUAUAAGGGCCGCAUCGACAUGGACCACUACGAGGUGUUAGACGCGCCGGACGGCCGGGAUGACGACUUCAACGUGAGCGUGAAGAACGCCUUCAAGCUGCGGCACCGCGAGUGCGACGACAUCCACCUCUUCAUCGCCAAGAAGCUGGAGGAGAAGAUCCGCUGGCUCAGGGCCUUCCACGAGGAGCGCAAGAUGGUGCAGGAGGACGAGAAGAUCGGGUUUGAGAUUUCAGAAUAUCAGAAGAGGCAGGCGGCUCUCACGGUGCGUCGGUGCACCAAACAGAAAGGUGGUCGCUCCGGGCCCCCGGCGUACCCUCCCCCCGUGGACCCCAUGAACCUGAGCCCUUACCUGCUCCCCGACGGCCUGAUGGCGGACGGCUACGAGUACGGGGAGCCCAAGAGGAGCACCUCCCCAUUCUGGCAGAACCUCAGCCGGCUAGCCCCCUUUAAAAAAUAACACCCUCCUCUCCCUUCUCCUCUC